UUUGCCACCACUGAGUACGCUUACCUGUACGUGGAAGCGUUGUCUCGUCUCACCUGAACCGCCCGAGAUGGAGGGAACUGUAUGAUAUACGAGGAUAUCUAUUUAUUUAUUCGAUUUUUUUUAUUUUUUACUGAAGGCUUUUAGUUGACUUCUGCCAAGGUGGUUUAUUUAUUUUCAUACCAGUGAAUAUAAUAGGCUACAAAAAAGCUAUUCCUACAUCGCGUCGGAAUAGAACUACGGGCACCAUUGUGUAAACAGGUCAGUAAUCGUGAAUAGGAUCCUCAAGCUCUCCAUCCAGCCAUGUGGUAGUCUACACAUCUUCACCCAGUUAUCAAUUAGCACACCACACUCCAGACCCACCCGGCUACCGCUCACUCCUCACCAGACUCAGCCUUCAACACCAGUAUCCCACAGACAGCAGCUGGUCUCAUGGCCCACCCCUAUGAACCCUGGUUACGGACAGCACCCCCUGGUGGCAGCUCAGACGAGAUGAACGUUCCCUCAUGGUGGGACCUCCACACCGGGCCAGGGAGCUGGAUGGACCUGCAGGCGGGCCAGGGUGUGGGCCGACAGGCAGUUGGUCAGAGCUCCAUGGGACUGCAGUCCUCCCUGGGGCCUUACGGCUCCGAGCCCCAGCUGUGUACUCCUGCUCAGCUAGCCCAGCUGGCCCCAGCCUCACACUCAGCUCACUCUCACCUCUUCCCCCAGGAUGGCUUCAAGAUGGAGCCACUGGGAGGACCUGAGCUCCUGCAGCCGGAGUCGUACUCCCUGGAGGAGCCACAGGAGGGUGCCGCCUCUGUCCGGCCCAAGCCCCAGCGCCGCUCUGCCUCUAGGGGCUCGGGCCAGUCUGUGUGCCGGUGCCCCAACUGUGUCCACGCCGAGCAGAUGGGCCAGAGCACUGACGACGACCGGAGGAAACACAUGCACAACUGCCACAUCCCGGGCUGCGGCAAGGCCUACGCCAAGACCUCCCACCUGAAGGCCCACCUGCGCUGGCACAGCGGGGACCGGCCCUUCGUCUGCAACUGGCUCUUCUGCGGCAAGCGCUUCACGCGCUCCGACGAACUUCAGCGACACCUGCAGAUGCACACCGGCACCAAGAAGUUCAGCUGCACCAUGUGCCCCCGAGUGUUCAUGCGCAACGACCACCUGGCCAAGCACAUGCGCACACACGAGUCUCCCUCCGGGCCAGGGGAGGAGAGGAUGUAUGGAGAGGGGGGCAGGAUGGGGAAGAGCUUUGACACACCUUCUCCUCAGCCCUCGCAGGCCACUGCCUCUGACACAGAGGCACCCCUUAAGCAGCCGAAAUGUGAGAAAGACCACUCUGGGACAGGACAGUCCAGCUAACUGUAUCCCGUCCACAUCUGGAAUGCUAUACAGAUAACGUGCAGUCAGUGGGCUACUAUCAGCCCCUUUCUAUCAGACAGAGAAUCAAUCCAUAGUUUAUAACACAUGUAGUCCAGUGUAGGUGGAAUCAUAGGGGGUCUUAUAUUAUAAAUUGAUAGUCUAUUUCUACCAGAUGCAUUGAACAACAUAAGGCAACAAAGGCCCCUCUGAUUUUCAGGAUGCAUCAUAUCACAUAUAACAGCACCAGACAGCAUAGACGGGCAUAAAACCAAAGAGUCCAAAGCAAUUACCCGUAUGUGACAUCACCAACAGAGGACAAGCUGUCAAGUGCCUUGCUGGAAGGAUAUCCAUCUAAGGAAUGUCCUCUUCCAUUUACAUGGCAACCGAGCCAGAGCCAAAGCUUGCUAGCUGCUAGGACUUCCAUUGCUGAUACUGCUAUUAUGCCAUCCAUCCCCAGAGACUUGGGGAACGAGUUCAACUGAAGAUGGUGCUUGAUGCGUUUACAGUAAAACUACUAGCUACUCGGAGAGAGAUUUAUUUCCAUGGAAGCCAUCAAACUCUCCGGUCUCCACUGCACACAUCUAACUGAAUUUAAGGCAAUGGAAGUGGAGGGUUAGGAUAUGUUGGUAUGUUGUGUUGGCUGCCUUUCCCCACCCUUUAACCCACCCCCUUGCCUUGCUGUGUAUAAUAUACUGUAUGUGAGUGUAUGAACAUGUCCCCGGGAACAUUUCCACACUGUAUUUUUUGGUUUUGACCAAAAUGUUAACGCGCAAUGUUGGCGUCAACCUUUUGCCAAAGAGCACCACAGGUAAAGCACCACUGUAAUUCAGUUUGGUGCGGUAUGUGGGCGGUGCAAAUAGAAAUGGCUGCUUUUGCUCAACAGACGUGCAGAGAUGUCCCACUGCAGCACAUUGUGGCGUGGAAUUCACACUCCGUGUUUCAUGUCAACGACAUAUAUGUUCUGUGUAAUGUACAGUAAGAAGACGUGAUUUGCGUUAUCAAUGCAUUUCACUUGGAUGCCCCGCCCCCCGCAUGUGUCAUCGUGUUCAAAUGUCCCUCAACUGUGACUGAAAAGCACCGUUGCUCGUCUUUUGACACUCCUUUAUCUCAGCGCUGCAGGUGUGAAUGUGACAUGAUGGCAGCGUAUCUCAUUCACGAGAAAUGUGUCAUUCCCUGGUCUUGUCCCCGUAUAAUGUACGAUCCACACAAUACCACGUUCACACUUCACGGAACCCACUGUGGUAACACUUGAUGGGGAUUUCCUCGGGGACAAAAGACAGGCUGGAUACAUCACUACUCACGAAAUGUACGCCACACUGAAAUGUGAGCUGGACUGAAAUCCCUCAUUGAGAGGAACUUAGGUAAACCAUAUUUUGUCACACCAACAACUUCCAGGAUAAGCAACAAUUCCUCCUCCAAGGUUGUUCAAGCAUAAAGCCAAAAACAGAUGGAGUGGAAUUGUUUGGAGACCAUUUUGAUAUUAAUAGUCAUAAAUAAUCAUUUAUAUCUUGAUAGAAGAUGCACUUUGAUCACGUUUUCGGAAUCCAGUCUAGACCUUUCUAAAUAGGCUUAGGCCUGUGUGCCGUGGUUUAGGCUUCUUAGCUUAUUGUGGUCACUGUAAAACAAAUUGGUCUUGUUAGGAAAGCAUUGUUGUAUUUUGAGUAGUGACUUAGUCAAAAUGUGCUUAAAAGGGUCUAAGCUGAGGUUUUGCUAUGUAGAAAUCUCUCACUGAGGUGUUUAUUGUAGCCCCCUUUAGACAUAACCCUAAAUAAAAUAAAACAUAAUGGUU